AUGGCCGAGGCAGCUGCUACCAACAAAGACCCGGGUCAAGGCAUCUCCAGCAUGCUCUCCGCAGGCGACGAGGUCGAGAUUUUUGAGUGCGACAAGACUGGCCACAUUCAAGAAAGAUGGCUGCACACGUCUGAUGGGCGAAUCAUCCCGGUGCUAUCUCAGAACAGGUCCGACAACAUCUUGGCGCAGUCAUUUCAAGACGCCCUCCAAGCCAUGUUCGACUCCUUCCUACCAGUUGGAUUCCCGCACUCUGUCUCGGAGGACUACCUGGCCUACCAGGUGUAUGACUCGCUUCAGGCCUUCUUCUCGACCAUCACGUCGCUGCUGGCCAGCCGCGCCCUGCUCGAGGGUCUGGGCGUCGGCGACGCCAACUCAUCCGCCACGUUCGCCACGCUCCUGACCAUCUUCAAGGACGCCAUGUCCCGUGUGGCCACGAUUGUCUUUGCGCACCGCUUCGGCCUGCGCAUCGAACCGGAUGCCAAGCGCUACCGUUUUCUGGCAGACCUGUUCAACGACACAGCUUUCUUCCUGGAGCUCUACAGUCCCUAUCUCAGUCAGGGGUACAGAUUUCUGGCCGUCGGCACGGCAGAGGCGCUCCGAGCACUCUGCGGGGUUGCCGCGGGCGCCAGCAAGGCUGCGCUGAGCGUGCAUUUCGCCAAGCACGACAAUCUUGCCGAGCUGAAUGCGAAGGAGGCCAGCCAAGAGACGGCCGUGGGAUUGGUCGGUCUGCUGGUGGGAACCAUCGUGGUCAAGUACGUCCAGGAACGUUUCACCGUCUUGUGCCUCAUGUCUGUCCUAGUGCUUGGCCACUUGUGGGUCAACUACCUGGGUGUGCGGAGCGUGCACAUGACGGCGCUCAAUCGCCAGCGUGCGACGAUUCUGUUCCAGGAGUACCUCAAGUCUGGCAAGGUGCUGUCCCCCCGUGAGGUUGCCUACAGAGAGAGCAUUCUCUUCUGGAGGGCUACCGUGUCAAACCGGGAUGGGCACCAGGUUGCCCGCAUCGAGUUUGCAGAGAGCUACCAGCAUGCACGGACGCCUCCCAGUGGGUCGGACGGUAACUGCUUCGUUCUCGACGGGCAGAAGCACACAAAGUUCAUCACCAGGCUCGCGAAAAGCGGUCUGUCUACCAUCCGUAUCAUCAUGUGGGAUCGUGCUGGGCCCGCUCAUGUCAUCAUGGCAUGGUUCCUUGCCGUGGAGAUUGCCUGGGUCAUGGUACCAGGCGAAGGAUAUUCUGACAAGUUCCACGAGGCUCUGAAAAAAGAUGUCAAGGACGAGGGUGAGUCACUGGCUCCUAGGAAAUACCGGAACGCCGCCCUGUGGGAGAACAUGCAGGCUGUGGGGUGGGAUCUCGAUUCCCAGGCGUUUGAGACGGGACCACCAGUGCGUAUCCGCAUGCAGCCCGCUGCUCGCAAGGACGAGUAG